UAUUGACCUAAGGAACUUCGAGCUCGUCUGUUAAAGAUGUUGAUUUUGUUGUUGCUAGGCAUUAAGAUUAGUUAAGUUUGGCAAGUCAAACCCUUCUUUUUCUUUUCAUAGAGACUUUUCUUUUUAUUUUUUUUGUUUUUGUUUUUAUAACCAAUUUCUAUAGAAAGAAAACGAGUAUGCGCAAAACGAGUUAAAAGUAGAAUGUAAAACAUUGAAAAUAGUCAUUUUUUUAAUUUUAAUUUUAAAGGAAAUUUAAUUUGGCAGAUCUUUGUUUAAAUUGAUAAAUCGGCCAAAUAUUUUUUCCGUCAAAAUUUCUUCCCUUAAGGUUUCUGUAAAAUAAGCGCAGGAUUUCUGACUCAGAUUAGCUGUGAUAAUAUGAUCAUAAUAUGAAUAUAAAAUUUAUUCUUUUGUUUGAAAUUUAUUAUUAAUAGGAAAAAAAUGAACAAAAGUACGUACAAGCCAAGCCAAAGAAGAUUUCGAUACGACGAUCCAUUUUUUGAAGAAGGCAACCUAGCAUGCAUGUGUCGCAAUACAACUGUCGACGAUGAUAUUGAUUUCAUUAUAGACUCGUUGGACAGCGUGCAAAUUGCAGAGUUCACUUGCCACGUGAAGGGGUGCUCUAAAACAUUCACAAAUCCCAUGCAAUUUAAUCGCCAUUUCGAUAUGCUUCAUAAGUUUCGUUGCGAGCAUUGUUAUCGAAACUUCCCGUCGAAUUACCUGCUCGGUUUGCACUUGCAAGAAAAUCACGAUUCAUUCUUCGAAGCACAAAAAGAAAAAGGUCUAGCAGUAUACGAAUGUAUAAUUGAGAGUUGCUCAGAAAAGUUUACCACGGAGGAAUUGAGAAAGAAACAUUUGGUGAAAACACACAAAUAUCCGGCUGACUUCCGUUUUAACGCUGUUAAACGAGUCCAUGCGAAAUAUAAAAUCACGUUAAAAAGUAAAAAUAAAGAAGAACAGGGUAAAAAGAACAAACAAAGUAAGAGUGUAAAAAAGAACAUGACAGAAAAAAAUAAUAUAACAGAAAACGAGACGAAAUUAACUGAUAAAGACACUUCAAAGUGUGCCAUUACCGAUAACCAGGAAGAAGGCAUGGAGGAAUCGAUAGAGAGAGUGACUGCUGAUGUUAGUAAUCAAAGAGCGACAGGUCCGUCCAAAAGACGUAUAAAAAAGAAAAAACAGAACUCAAAUAAUAGUAUGGACGUAGAGAUUAGCGAAGGCGCUUGUAGUAUUGCUGAAAACGACAAAGAAGAAUUAUCAGACGCAACAAUGACUUCAUCUCCUAAUAGAUUUCAGUAUAAAAAAACUGCACCCAAAUCUAUCAGUUUCGGAAGGGGUGUGCAACGAGGUCUCAUAAGGACAAAAUGCAAGUAAUUUUUUAGGGAAUUUUUUAUAUAUAUUAAUAAAUUUCUUUAUUUGGU